AUGUCGUGGCUGCUUCAAAAGAUCGUCCACAAUGAGGCGAUGAGGACUGAUCCUAAAGAGAUUUACGGAUGGAGAGUCUAUGCGCUGGCUUGCUCGGCAUGCUUCGGUGGAAUGCUUUUCGGUAUGGACUCCGGCAUCAUUGGCGGAGUUCUCACCAUGGAUCCCUUCAAAGCCAAAUACGGCUUAACGGGUCUGAGCAAGACUGCACAGGCCAACCUGUCUGCCAACAUUGUCUCCACACUUCAGGCAGGUUGUUUCUUCGGAGCACUAAUAGCAUCUCCUGCGGCGGAUCGGUGGGGAAGAAGGUACGCCCUGCUUGGUGCAGCGGCCCUUGGAAUUCUGGGUGUCGUUAUGCAAACAGCGGCUAGUGGUCAUCUUGAGGCCAUGUAUAUCGGACGUCUCGUCACUGGCUUCGGCGUUGGCUCUGCCUCAAUGAUCAACCCCCUCUACGUCUCCGAAAACGCACCACGCGCUAUCCGUGGUGGUCUGACAGGCCUAUACCAACUCUUCAUCACAAUGGGAAUUAUGCUCGCUUUCUGGAUCAACUACGGCUGUCUGUUGCAUCUGGAUGGCUCGGCUAUGUACCUUGUUCCUCUGGCAAUGCAAGCCUUGCCUGCAGUCCUCCUAUUGUGCGGAAUGCUCUUCUGCAAUGAGUCGCCUCGCUGGUUGGCCAAGCAAGACCGGUGGGAAGAGGCGCGCGCGACUUUGUCAAAAGUCCGAGCCCUUCCUCCUGACCACCCGUACGUGGAAGAAGAGUUCCAGGCUAUUGCGGCCCAGUUGGAACAGGAGCGUGCGCUGAUCGGUGGCUCCGGUUUCUGGGAUCUGAUGAAGGAGAUGUGGUUGAUUGCGGGUAACCGCAACCGUGCUAUGAUUUCGAUCUUCUUGAUGGUUUGCCAGCAGAUGACUGGUACCAAUGCUAUCAACUACUAUUCUCCUCAGAUCUUUAAAAACUUGGGUAUCGUAGGUAACGCAACCAACCUAUUCGCAACCGGCGUCUACGGUAUCGUGAAAAUGGUCAGCUGCGGCGUUUUCCUCGUCUUCGUUGCUGACUCCCUCGGUCGUCGCCGCUCGCUUCUCUGGACAUCCAUCGCUCAGGGUAUGGCAAUGCUGUACAUCGGUCUAUACGUUCGCAUUGCCCCUCCAGUUGAGGGAGCUCCAGUCAUUCCGGCCGGCUACGUCGCCUUAGUUUGCAUUUUCCUAUUUGCAUCUUUCUUCCAGUUCGGCUGGGGUCCUGUCUGUUGGAUCUAUGUCUCUGAGAUCCCGAGUGCUCGACUCCGAUCUCUUAAUGUGGCUUUUGGUGCGGCGACCCAAUGGCUGUUUAACUUUGUCGUUGCUCGGGCUGUGCCAGUCAUGUUGACCACUGUCGGUGCGAAUGGUUAUGGUACUUACAUCAUCUUUGCAUGCUUCUGUUUCUCCAUGUUCUUUUUUGUGUGGUUCUUUAUCCCAGAGACUAAGGGACUGUCACUGGAGAAGAUGGAUGAUCUCUUCGGAGUCACUGAGUUGAUCCAGCAAAAGGCAGCUGAUCCCGAGCAUGGGAUUGUCACUGCGGAUGCGGACAAAAUCGCUGGCUCUCAUGUCGAGCACGCGGAACCU